GUCUUCAUUGCGGUUUCGUAUGUGUUUAUAAACUACUCAAAUGCAAUUUUUCAUUAAAAUUCUGUAUAUAUUUUAAUUUGUAAAUUGUGUAUAGUGUUUUAUUUUGGUUGAAGAAACCCCACAGAUUACCAAGAGAAUCGAGUGAUUUGAUAAAUGUAAUUUUAAUUGAUAAAAAAGUGGUUCUAAAAAAAUUCACUUUGGCAACAGAAAUUUACAUGGCCUUCUGGAGGUAGGCGAAUUUCUUCUCCAUUUUUGUGUGUGUUUUUAAAUCGAAAAAAAGUUUCGUUUGGAUGUGCAUCAAUUGGUUAAAAUUGUGAAGGAAAUGUCGAUGAUGUGAAUUAAAUUAACGGGACUGGUUGUAGUGAAAUCUGUGACACAAAUUGGCAAUCCUUUUGGACAAAAAACUCACACAGGCAAAAAUGAGAAAACUUUUUGCAUGAAUUUACCAACACAUGUUUAGCACAAUCUGUCAAAACAUCAAUUCUGAAGUGAUUUUUCGUCAUUGCUUAUUUUAUUUUCUAAAUUUUUUGUUGUUUAAAACAAAAAAGGAUUCGCUCCAGACCAUUGACCAUCGAUGGUAAUGGAUUUUGUUACGCAGUGCACGAAUGUUAUGAAAGUUUUGUGAACAUUUAUGCCGAAAUUUAACUCACAAUUUCUCCUGCUCAAAAUUAUUUUGACUUCCAUCAUCUCCAUAAAAUUGUCUGUUCACAAGAAAAUGACUUGUCAAAUGUUGGUGGUCACAUACUAGAAUAUAAUUGAAUGUCUAACGAAACAACGUUAGCGACAUCAUGCAAAGUCUGGAGUCAUCAUGCCAAGAAGCAGACUUCAUGGUCAAUGAGGCACUCAACAAAUUGCGUAGAACUACAAAUGAUUCCUCGUCCUCCCUACUGAUCGACCACAAUGACUACACAAGUGCCGAAAGCAGUUCAUUCAUCACAAAUCCGUCGCGAUCACCACCCGCAACACUAGUUGCACCCGUUAAACAAACUACGAUUAGCCAUCAGUCGAGUUGUGAAAAGAGGCCUGCUACCGAUACACAUAGUUUGUCAUCGAUAUCAGCGUACGCAUCGGGGAGCAAUCCAUCGAAACGAUCAAAAAUUUCGUCAUCGUCAUCAUCAUCAGCAUUUCCGACAGCGACAAGCAGUAAAAGUAGUAACACAGCGACGUCCACUGAAAGUAGCAGAGAAUCACCAUUUUUCGAUAUACAUGACAAGCUUAGGGAACUAUAUGGACUAUUGUAUUACAACGAUGAACAAAAUCGUCGAACAGAAACGCGGGUGAAGCUCCGAAGUAGAUCCCAAGCUCUGGAAUUAUUAGUAGCGAGGGAAAAUCUAAAUACCGUAAUACUAAAUCUGUAUCCCGGCAAUAAAGGAUACUCGUUAGCUUUUCGUCAAGAAACUACCACUGGCAAACCAUUCGAACAGCAUGGAGACAAUAGUCACGGCCUCGGAACUAGUCGUAAUGCAACAAAAUCGCAGCCAGGAGCUGCUGAUGAUAGUACUGAAAAUUUAUUGGAAACAAUUAGAUGGCCAUACGAGGUGGAAGGUCUUCUAGAAUGUAUAGAUAAUGAGACGUUGCCAAUGCUGUUCAUAGAUUUGCUUGAAUCGCGAGUGCCGAGCGUAUUUUACUCGGGUUGCGUGAUCGUUGAAGUCAGAGAUUAUAGACAAACAUUUCAAAUUUCUGCAUGCUGUGAUACUUAUUUUGUUCUAUUAAAACCCACCAAUCAGACACUGUUGGCUGAUGUAAAUUUGAUUGCUGCGGAAUCCGAUUUCAGUAGCGAAGAGAAAUUGGCCUUAGAAAGUCAAUUAGUUUUAGCCACUUCAGGACCAUUGUGCUUGGAUCCAAAUCCACAAAUUGGCCGCAAUGCUAUAAACAGCCAACACAGGCGACAAAUGUGGAAUACAUCUGCCAUUCGUCGUCAAAUGAAGAAAUUUUCACAAGUUGCAAUCAAUCGCAAACGAAAAACCGAUCAAUUCACCCACAUUCAUGGAUUGGAAUUGCAUGAUCACUUAACGCGUUUGCGGCAAAAGCAGAGAGUGCAUGCAGAAACUGUUGACGAUCCAUCCAAGUUACCAAAAAGACCGAUUGAUAUUGUGCAGCCGAUACGUGCACCGAAUUUAGACUUGCCACCGUUAACCGUUCCAUCGAAAGUGAAUUUAAACGUUAAAGCAUAUGAAAGACCGAAGAAAAAGACCGACUUUAAACCUCAAUUGGUCGAGGAACAUAUACUGUCGACCGAUCGGGAAGAUAGAGUGUGCCACACAAAAAUAUCCAUUUAUCAACGACCAGUGAAUUCGGAAUUCUUGGGCGAAUUGUAUGUGGAUCGAGAUUAUAAGGAAGGCGAAAAAAAUGGGGAAGCGUGCCAAUUUUCGCUGGGUACUCGGACGCAUGCCGAUCGAUACAUCAAACAAUUCACCGACAUAUUCUCUGAGGAAGGUCGAAAAACUGUUACCGUUACAUAUAAUGUGCCGGGAAAACCGUCUGCUGUAACAGUUAUCGGUCCGAAACGAAAUCAAAUCAUUCACCAGCAACAGGUGCAGCAACAGGUGCAACAGACAGCACAGCAACAACUAUUACAGCAACAUCAAAUGCAAUUUCAAAACCAGCCGAUACUUGCGAAUCAAACUGUUCAACCACUUGCGCCAACGCCGUCGACUGUAUCCAGUGUCAAUGCUACCAAUCUAAACACGCUUCCAGGGAACAAAAUCAUGCCAAAUAACUCAGCGACCAUAAUCGGAAUAACGAAUUUGAACCAAUCACAACAGCAAUUCCUACAAUCUCAAGCAAAUCAAACGCAAAUGCAACAGAUCUACAACCCGUGCGAUAUUAAUAACUCGACAAUGACCGCGCCCGUUCAACAACAUUCACAGCAGCAACAAACACACUUAAAUUUAGCUAACGGUUCAUUCGUUGUGGUCCAGCAGCCAUCUGGCAAUUUAACGAAUUUAACAGGAUUGACUGUGACAAAUCAACAGCCAAAUACAACGAUUCGUGGUAGUGCUUUGGCACAAUCAGUACCAGUGCUGCAAGCACAUCUCCAGUCAACAACAUCUACAAAUCAACAGCAACAAUCGCAGCAGCAUGACCAAAUGCCGCCGCAACAAACAUCGCAACAGCAGCAAAUACUGCAACAAAAAAAUGCCAUCACCACAAUUCAUUCAACGAAUCCGGAGAUAACAGCUCUAGUGACAAGUUUUAUGAAUUCGGAAAGCCAAUUUCAGCAACAAGCAGCUGCUAAUUCAAAUGCUCAAAAAUCCAGCAAUAAUGCCGCAAUUAUAAGUUUAUUGAACAGUGCGCCUGCAGCUAUGACAAGCUCACCGGUAGUGAAUAGUACCUUAUCAGCAUCAAAUUCCCAUGGAAAUGCUGUUUCCACUAGCGUUCCGUCGGACCAUAUAGUUAAUCAAAAACAAUCACAGACAGCAAUGCAUCAUGCAAUUACCCAAAGUAUUUUGGCUGGAAAUGUGAGGAAAAUGACCGGCAACAUACCUCAGAAACAACAGCAGCAGCAGCCACAGCAACAACAAAACCGAAUCAUUCAUCCGACGAAUCUCGUAUCAGUUAGCACCAAUUUGAUAGCUAGUCAGCUUGCGUCCCCACCUGCACUCAUGUCCAGUGCCAACAUAAAUCCGCAAAAUUUCAAUUUUGCCCAAUCAUCGAUUCUAAGCAAUAACAACAACAACAAUAACACUGUGAAGCAACAAGUCAUCUUAAGCAGCUCCAAUGCUCGUUUGUUAAACCAAGCACAAGCAAUACGUCGUGAUUCGAUGACAGCUCCGUCGCCAGGCAGCGAUUCGAAUACAUCAAAUACAUCGAAUGUUAGCUAUCAAAUGUCCAGUCUGAACGCUCUGCUAGCAACAUCGCCGAACUCCACAAACGUCGAUGGCUCUACACACAGUCAGAAUACUCCGACACUGUUGGAUCGUCUAACGCAACAAACAAUAACUUCACAGAGUCCUGGACCUACAGCGCCACAGUUCAUGUCUCCAUCGCCGAAAACUCCAACCAUUCAACAGCAACAAAUUCAAGUACAAUCACCUGCGUCAAUAUCACCUCUAUCUAGUCCACCGCCACAACAAACCACUACGAUCAAUGUGCAAGGAUUUAAUUUGUCCAGUUUGCAAGGUGCAAUGUCAGCGUUUCCUGGUAUUUUGGAGAAUGUUCAAGUACAAAUACCUGGCCAACCAUUUUCAUUAUCAUUGUCUGGAGCGGCUGGAGCUGCACUCGCCAAUGCCAACUCUCAACCGACCAGCCUUCUCAUUUCAGUUCCAGUGACUAGUUCGACACAAAGUAAUUCCGGACAAGUGGUUGCGUCGUCAUCCACCAAUGUAAUUGGUCCCUCAACACAAACGGUUGUGUUGACUAAUGCAAAUGCACAGUCCGGUACACCAGGCUCAAUGCUCUCGCUACCACUCGCUCAACUUGUCGGCGUGAAAGGAUUGAGUCAACAAACACUGCGUGCUGCUAGUCCAAUGAAUACUGCCGGUGGAUCGAUACAAUUAUUAAGUACAAUACAACGGCCUCGAACUGUACCGAUUAAUGCAUCCACAUUCAAUGCAAAACAACUGACGGCUAGAGGAAUCGGUCAGGCGCAAAGAAACUUUCAAAUCUCUUCCAUGAAAUUAGGAUCACCGCUUACAGUUGCUCCAGCAUCUCAUAUUACAACGACGGCUAACAUAACCGCCAAUCCAUUAGUAAUGACAUCACAGCAACUGCAUUUAAAACUUCACAAACAGGCGCAAUCACAACCAUAUUUGAAUAUGUCACCAUCGUCACAGACAACAACCAACGUUGUUGCGCCCACCGGCGACAUAUCGAUUACGUCACCAAUUCAAGCGAAGAUGAAUCGCCCUAGCUCAACGACUGAUGUUAACAAAUAAAAUAACAAAAAAAUAAAUAGAAAUGAGAAACAAAACUAAGAAAGAAAGAUAAGAAACUCUGA